AUGAGUAAUAAUAGCUCCAAUAUACUGCAAGGACCAAAUGUCGACAAGGUUAUACAACAUUCUAACACGCAGCUACAAUUUGAAAUUGUUGAAACAGCUAUUUAUCACGAUACUGAUUAUCGAGAUUGGAAAACGACGAGAUCUUCUAGCGAACAGCCAGAUUUGAUUGAUUUGACAUCACUUGAAGGUCAUAAUUCAUCCAAUAAACUUCCGUCAGAAAUAAGAAUUAGCCUUAAAGAUCUUAUCGGAUCCACUAAAAAAAAUGUAAUUGACCACAAUAAUUCUGAAAAUAUUCAAGGCACAGUAACUAAAAUUACUCCAGCAUCCCAAAAUUCAACACCAAACACUACUUCUAAUCUAGGAGAAUCCUCUAAAGACCAAACAUUCAAUGAAGCAAAAAAGACAUUACAGCUUUGGAGAAAAAAUGAGGAAACCUAUAAAGAAUUACAGAUAAUGAAAUCACCAAAUUCAGCCGAAUUUUUUAAAAUGACACAAGAAGGACUUAAUGCCAGAAAAGCAGUAAUAACUGAUGCACAAGAAAAAAUAAGGACGUGGAUUUUAAAACUAUGGCCACACCCUCGCACUCUUGGAAUUAGACAAAUGACAGAAGGGUUAACAGCUUUCACCUUAAAGAAACGAUCUUUAAGUCCUUUAGUAGUUGGAGUAAAUAUAAUUAUUCAAUCCAAACCGAUGAUUUUAACUGCUACCGUUACCGGUACUAAAUAUAGCCGUAUCGAAAAUUGUCAUAAGCCAAAAAUUGUUAUGGAUAUAUUAGACUUGCGACAAUAUAUUCUCAAACAUUGUCCAACAUACCAAUAUCCACCAAUUAAAAAUAAUGAUCACAAUGAUCCAUGGGAUGAUAUCUAUUUCCUGAAUGAAAUAUUACCAAAACUUACAGAAGAAGCUAUAAACGUUCAAAGCCAACCUGGAUUACUUUUGACUGUUAAAGAAGCUAUUAUUCGUGGUUUGGAAGGUUAUAAUUUAUUCGAAUGUAAAUUAUGUGCUGAGAAUACUUCAUAUUAUUCAAACUCUAGGUUCUUUAAUCUUAAAGGAAUUUAUAAGCAUUUAGAAAGUCCAAGACAUAAUAUUCGUAUUCAUAACGUUUAUGAUUAUCAUAACGAAGACUAUAUUCAAGUUAACCCUAAAGAAUAUGUCUUGGCUUUUUGCAAAGUACUUCCUCCAAAGAUUUUUCCACUUGAAAGAAAACGUUAA